AUGUCCUGCCAACAGACCCAGCAGAAGUGCCAGCUUCCUGCCAAGUGCCUCCCCAAAUACCCACCCAAGUGCCCUCCUCAGGCCCCUCAGGCUCCUCAGGCCCCUCAGGUUCCUCGGGCCCUUCCUCCCUGCCCAGCGCCCUGCCCCCCUCCUGCUCCCUCCUGCUGUGUCCCUAGUUGCUGUAUUUCUGGCUUUGGAGACUGCUGCUUUCCAGAUGUCUGCCUAGGCCAGCCCCAGCCGUCCGCCUGCUGUGUGAGGGAGCCUUCCCACUGUUGUUGCUCCAGUUGUUGCCACAGCCUUGGGGGCUGCAGCUGA